AUUGAUCCGAAUUCCCCUGGACUGACCUGAUCCUGCCGGACCACCAAGGCCCUGAGGUGAAUCUUUGGGGGAAAUGAGGCAAAUCUUGCAGCAAACCCUUGAAAUCCGGAAAGAACUGGGGCCGGGAGUUCCCAAGGAGAUUCUGAGGGUUCCCAAAGGGGUUUUAGGGUUAUUCUGGGGGAUCCCAAGGAGGUUUUUGAGGUUUUUUGGGGGGAGGAUUCAGGGAUGCCCUCGCCUCCCCUCACGGUUCAAUAUGGCGGCGCUCCCACCAUGCGAGAGGGCGGGAAACCUCCACUUCCGGCUUCGCCCCGCUGAGGGAGGCGAGCGAGCCAAUCAGAGGCGGGAAGAAGGCGGGAUUAUAACUCUCAGCCAAUCAGAGCGGCCAAGGGGCGGAGCUAAAAGCCCGAACGAAUCAGAGAGCGAGUUAAGAGCGGAGCGACAGCGGCCUCGACCAAUCAGAACCGAGAAGGCGGAAAGGAGCGCGGUGCAGGCUCCGUGCUUUAGAGUCGCGGCCUGGUGCCGCUGCCGGCCCCGCCGCCGCCGCCGCCGCCGCCAUGAACAUCCUCCCGAAGAAGUCGUGGCACGUGCGGAACAAAGACAAUGUGGCGCGGGUGCGGCGGGACGAGGCGGCGGCCGAGGUGGAGCGGAGGAAACGCGACGCGCGCGCGCUGCGGGCGGAACAGGAGGCGAGUGCUGAGGGGAAGGGGGGGAGCCUGGGCCAGAGCGCGGCCGAGGCCCAGACCUGCCCCCCCUGGUACCUGCGGCCCCCCAAAAGUGGGGAGGGGGCUCGGGAGGUGCAGGGGGGGCGCAAAGCCCUCCUGGACCCUCUCCAGGACAUGAGGAAGGGGCUGCGCCGAGCCCCCAGCCCCGAAAAACCCCCCCGGGCGCAGCCACGGAGCCCCCCCAGAGCCCCCCCGGAAAGGGCUGGGGGAAACGGGCUGGAGGAGCUGCGGCGGCAGCGUUUGGCCCGCGAGGCCGCCGAGGCC